AGCUGCCGCUGUGCCAUGACGGCCCCCAGGGAGAGCAGCCUCUUCCCUCCCGAUCCUUACUAUGUCCCCGGCUAUGAGGGCUUCGUCCCUCAGUACAACUACCAGUUUGGAGAAACCUACGGCAAAACUACUUACCGUCUGCUGACGGACCCCCACGUUCGGAAGAGCCCUCGCUCCGUGCUGGCACCGCUCUGCAAGCAAAGAUUCAUCGAGGACUUCAGCGGGACGCAGGGCGGCCUCCAGCCCUACCUCCCCGGGCACCCAGGAUACUUUCCCUACGAGAGAGCUGGGGCCAUGACGAACUUUCCCGAACCGGUGUUUGGACCAAAGCCUCCCCCGCCAGGGCCGGCAGAGGAGCUGACACACAUGGACCCCAUGCCCAGUCACGACCCCGGCGAGCGUGCCCUAAGCGUGCAGCCGGAAUACGGGUACCCACCGAGGGUGGCACGCUGUCCUGCCGUGCCAUGGAGGCCGUCAGAGGGGCAAGAGUGGCGAUUACCUGAGCUGACCACGUCUUGUGGGCUUGGCAGCACGCCGGCAGGACUCAGGCAGCCUGUAAAAAUCGAAGGUGUGACUCUGCCAGGAGUGACUGAAGCUGCGGAUGCAGAGAGAAGUGAUCGGCUACCAAAGCUGGAUGUACCGAAUGUGAUCCAGCACAAAGUCAUUCCAGGGUACACCGGAUACAUACCCCGCUUCACCUGGAUUACUGGUGUCAACUACUUGCAGGGCGUGAAGGAAGCCAUGGCUGAAUUUGACAGACAUCAGUUUCUGCAGAGAUACCCAGUUCACAGCUUUGGCAAGAGAUUUCCCCAAACUUACUGGCCUAACAACAGAAUUUACACCAGUGCUGGACUCAUACCUUCCUACACGGGCUUUGUACCACACCUCCGCCACACCUAUGCACUUACAUUUGGAAACGGCACCCGAAAAGCUUACCAAAAGGAACAAAGGAGACGAGCCUGUGCACUGUGAAAAAUGCUUUAAUGGUGCCUGUACAGCAUCUGAAGUGACUUUAAGACAGGAAGAGGAACACAACACAGACAGGGAAGUAUUGAAUGAAAGAGUUCAUACAGCUUUAAACA